UUAAAUCUAUGACCACUAUGGUCUGACAGAAUUUCAUUUUGGAGGGAAAAAGAACAACGCGUAGCAUCAUUUGGUCCCGUAUAAUUUAUAAUUAUUUAUUUUUUAAGGUGAAUUAUAGAGGCACAAACAAUUUAUGUGAAGUAUCAGUGAUUAAUAAUUUAAAAACAUGUCUCAAACUACGCUGACUACAUUUUUUAAUAGCAGAAAAAGACCUGCCACUGAUGAUAUCAUUAGCUCCAAAAGUAAAAUACCUAAUCUAGAACGAAUACCAGAAGCUAAUAAAGUUGAAACAAAGUCCAGUACAAGAAGUAGUGAGACAAUCACUAAAACAAAUAAAUCAUCUUUAAAUAAAACCAUUAAAUCUGAAUUACCAAAGACACAGAAUGUGGAGCCGAUUGCAAAAGAAUCUGCUUCAGGGGAGAAGAAAAAUGUGGGAGCAUUUGCAAAGAAGUCGAAUGCGUCGAAUAUUGUGAAGAAUACCAACUUUGGUAAAAGUGAUUCACUCAAUGUAGCUAGAAAAGAGCUAAGUUUAGGUGACAUCAGGAAGAAGUUAGCAAGUAGUUCCCGGUUAGCAGAAUUGAGAGCAUCAGCUGAACGAAUAAGCAAGGGAAUUCAAGAACUCAAAGAAAAAUCUGAUAAGAAAAAUCUAAAAGAAUUUAGGUCAAUUGAUGUGGACAUUCCUCAGAGUCCUAGUAAAAAAGCUCAAAUUCAAAAUGAACUCUUAUCACCCAAGAAAACAGUUGAAGCUCACACUUCUCAAAGACCAAUGAUGUCUCCUAGGAAGGUAUUUGUGAGCCCAGUCAAGAGCCCAAGUAAGGUGCCAGCAUACAUAAGACAUGCAUCGCUAGCCUCGGCAUCAUCAACUUUACUACCGUUACCACACCACUACAGAUUCCUCGCUGAGUUAUUCCGUGGCAUGGAAACUGUUGUUGCAUUAUUAUACAACAGAAAUGAAAAGAUUACAUUUGCCAAACUAAAACCAUCAGUGCAAGAAAUGCUCAAAAGAACCUUUUCAGAGAAACACUUAGCUCAAAUCAAGCAAUUAGUGCCAGAUUUUUACAAUUUUGAAGUGCAGAAAAAUAAAAAUUUCAGCUCCUCGUCUAACAGAGAUACAUAUGAGCUGAUUAUAUCUCCCAACUUCCCCAAUGAUAUUAAAGUGAUGAAUCCAAGUGUUUUAUUGGAAAGAAGGAGAUACUUCUAUGACACACUAUUACAAGUAGUUAAGAAGCACCAUGCUCAAUAUUUGUUGACUCUCGACCCUCCACUUGAGAUUUCAGAUAACAAGUUGGUGCGCUGGCAUCCUGAAUUUGAGCUAGAAAAAGUUCCUGAAAUUGAAAGUUCAAAGUUGCCAGAAAUGCCCAACGCAGAAAGGAUGACUUCUGCUCAAGACGUACUUGCAAAAGCCAGAGAACUUUUCAAAUGCAACACUAAAAUGGAACGGGCUUUGGAAAAACUAGCAACGGCUAAGGCGCGUGGUUUGACUGAACAAGAAAAAGCAGUAACAGGACUAAAUGAUGAACCCACAACAUCAAGUGCCGGGACCCAAACAAACAAACCAUCAACUAGCAGUGUGACUAUUUUGAACCCAGCUCUUCGGAACUUGCCAGCAUCACUGCUUGAGAAAGUUAAAGCAAAACAAGCAGCAAAAGCAUUAGAAGCUAUGACGAGGUCUUCAGAGAAUGAACAAAAAUAUGCUAUUUAUAGCCGCCUGCCAGAUCUUGCCAGAACUCUAAGAAACAUAUUUGUUACAGAGAGAAAGAAUGUUCUAGCAUUGAACAUAAUACUUUCUAAAUUGGAUAGCAGUUUUAAGUCUAAUGUCUCCUCGAGUGAUUUGCAAAGAGAUAUAAAAAUGUUGACAGAGGAAGUGCCAGAUUGGAUUAAAAUGCAUGAAAUAAGAAAUGCAACUUAUUUAAAAUUAGAUAAAAAUACAGAUCUUAAAACAAUUAUUUCCAAAUUAGAUGAAAUGGCUACCAAAUACAAGACAGACUAAUUUAUGUUAAAUGAAGACUGAAUUUUAAGUUAAGCAGUUAUUGUAGAUUUUAAAGUACAAAUUGUAUUCAAAACUAUUUCAUCAAGGAUUUUUUUUUUCUACUUUUGAUUGCAAAAUUGUGGUGUGCUAGUUGUAAGGAACUUUUGUUUUGACAUGAAAUCAUUGAUUUUCGUAGAAAAAAUUUUGACAUCAAGUAAAUUAGUACAGUAGCAAUUAACAUUGACAUGUUAUUUAUAAUAUGCAAAUAAUAUGUAUUAAGACAUCAUGCAUUGUUGACAUUCUACUAUAGUUUUGUUUAAUUUAAGUAUUAAUUUAAUUUUUAUUUCUAUUGUGCCUUCAAUAUUUCUCGUGUUUUUAAAUUAUAUAGUUUCGCCAGUCCUGGCUGCUAUGAUUUCGCUACUCACUUAUAUACUUAAGAGUUAAGCAUUUUAAAUUAAAUCUUUUUAAUCGCA